GGACGAGUCGUGUCCGUGAAUGAUGGUGAUACGUUUCGAUUUUAUCACACUCCUACGCCGUUUCAUUCGUCCAAACCGGGACAAGAUGAAAAGAUAUCGGACGUCGCGCUGCCGAUUCGAAUUUGUACUAUUGAUACACCAGAAACGGCAAAAUUUGGCAAACCAUCCCAGCCGUUUGGAAUUGAAGCUAAAGACUUUUUGUCAAAGCUGAUUCUCGAUCGAAAAGUGAACGUCCAAUUGCUAAUGAAAGACCAGUACGGUCGUGCGGUGGCUCAGGUCCAAGCGGGACGGUUCUGGAAGCGCAAUGUAGAUGAGCAGAUGCUGCGAAAGGGACUAGCCGAAGUGUACCUCGGUAGUGGUGCCGUCUAUGGAACAAAAGGAAAAGAUUUCUAUUUAGCCUUACAGGAAAAAGCAACGCGUAAAAAGCUCGGCAUCUGGUCCGACCCUAAAAGAGAGAGCGCCGCGGAGUUCAAAGCUCGGAUGAAAGCAGAAUAA